GAUUAUAAAAAAAGUGUGCUGAUACUAACAGGAAAAGAAGAAAGUGGAGGAGAAGAAGAAGAAGAGGAAGAGAUAGUGGAUAAUCUUGGGUAUCACCGAAAAGACGAGAACGUGGUGGAGCAGAAGAAGAAGAAGAAGACGAAGAAAGAAAGGAAGCACCAGGUGGUGAUUAUCGUUAGGCCGGGGGGUGAGGAGGUGAGGAGGAGGGUAGUGAGGUGAGGUGGCGAAGCUCGUGGUGUCGGAGCUGGUGAUAGAGAAAAGGACGGUGGCGGUGGCGAGAAGGAGGAGAAGAAGAAGAGGAGGAGGAGGAGGAGGAAGAAAAGGGCGAAGGGUGCGGUAGUGUUGGGUUGAAGAGGAAGAAGAGGAGGAAGAGGAGAGUGAGUGGGUGAGUUCCUUGUUGCGUCGCGGGUGUUGUAGUCUCUUUAGACCAGUGCACCACCACCCCCACCAUUAAUACCACCACCACCACCAGCACCAUCAGUACCUGUACCAGCAGCACCACCAGAACCGGGACCAUUGCCUGGCCGCUUCUUACGGACCCGGCACCUCUCUUAGCUAAGGGUGCUCCAAGAGCGCGGGGGUGGCGUUUGUGAAAGCAACGUGUAGCAAAAUGGGCUGCGCAAUGUCCGCUGAAGAGCGGGCCGCUCUGGCCCGCAGCAAGCAAAUUGAGAAAAAUCUCAAGGAGGAUGGUCUUCAAGCUGCCAAGGACAUCAAGCUCCUCUUACUCGGAGCUGGUGAAUCUGGCAAGAGUACCAUCGUUAAACAGAUGAAAAUCAUUCACGAAAGCGGUUUUACGCCGGAGGACUUCAAACAGUACAGACCCGUCGUUUAUAGCAACACGAUACAAUCACUCGUUGCUAUUCUCAGAGCGAUGCCAACGCUCGGAUUAAAUUUCUCUACCAACGAGAGAGAGACUGACGCCAAAAUGGUGUUCGAUGUGAUCCAACGGAUGGAAGACACCGAACCAUUUAGCGAAGAACUUUUAAUGGCUAUGAAAAGGCUCUGGACUGAUAAUGGUGUCCAAGGAUGUUUUGGAAGGAGCAAUGAGUAUCAACUUAACGAUUCCGCUAAAUACUUCCUGGAUGACUUGGAUCGAUUAGGUGCAAGGGAUUACCAACCAACGGAGCAAGAUAUUUUAAGGACUCGUGUAAAAACCACUGGUAUCGUCGAGGUCCAUUUCUCAUUUAAAAACCUUAAUUUUAAAUUAUUCGACGUGGGUGGACAAAGAAGUGAACGUAAAAAAUGGAUACAUUGUUUCGAGGAUGUUACAGCGAUUAUAUUUUGCGUUGCUAUGUCUGAAUAUGAUCAAGUCUUGCACGAGGAUGAAACUACGAACCGAAUGCAGGAAAGUUUAAAAUUAUUCGAUUCAAUUUGCAACAACAAGUGGUUCACCGAUACCUCGAUUAUACUUUUCUUAAACAAGAAGGAUCUGUUCGAGGAAAAAAUUCGCAAGUCUCCAUUGACGAUUUGCUUCCCGGAAUACGCAGGUGCGCAGGAAUACAGUGAUGCUGCGGCUUACAUACAAGCGCAAUUUGAGGCGAAAAACAAAUCGACGACGAAGGAGAUUUACUGCCACAUGACCUGUGCCACCGACACGAAUAACAUUCAAUUUGUGUUCGAUGCAGUCACAGAUGUGAUUAUCGCCAAUAAUCUGCGUGGCUGCGGACUCUAUUAGGUUAAUCCGUAUUCUAUAUUAAGCGCGAAUAAAAUUGAUGGUACGACUAUGACUAUGACUAUGACUAAGACUAAGACUAGAACAACAACAACUAGGACGAUGACUGUGACAAAAACAAUGACAUUAAUGACAUUGACGAUAACUACAACAACAACAACAAUGAUAAUAAUAAUAAUGAUACUGAUGACUAUGAUGAUGAUGAUGAUGAUGAUGAUAAUGAUGAUGAUGAUGAUAAUGAUAAUGAAAAUGAUUCUGCUAUUGAACAGGCGACGUUUGUCAGAGUCGAGAAUUCGUUUUGGUUCGAUCACGAUUCCUCUCGUGUUGGAUUUGUGUUUAAAUUUAAACGAGAAUGAUGAUUAAAUCAUACUACCAAUCGUACAUUUCAGAAAAGAAAUAAAAAAAAAAAAA